CCCUCCCGGGCCGCCCGCUGGAGUGCGCUGUGUUCCGUUCCCGCGGCAUCCCACUGAGGUAACCCGCGGCUCGGGUAGCGGCCGCUCCAGCCAGCAGGCCUUCCCGCCGCCGCGAUGCCCAGCGUGCAGCUGCCGCCCAAGGAGAGCGCCCUCUUCAAGCGCGUGCUGAAAUGUUAUGAGCAGAAGCAGUAUAAAAAUGGCCUCAAGUUUUGCAAGAUGAUUCUUUCAAACCCGAAAUUUGCUGAACAUGGAGAGACUUUGGCUAUGAAAGGAUUAACGUUGAACUGUUUAGGAAAAAGAGAAGAAGCGUAUGAAUUUGUCCGUAAAGGACUUCGCAGUGAUGUCAAAAGUCACAUCUGCUGGCAUGUUUACGGUCUCCUGCAGCGUUCGGAUAAGAAGUAUGACGAAGCUAUUAAGUGUUACCGAAAUGCCCUCAAAUUAGAUAAAGAUAAUUUGCAAAUCUUGAGGGAUCUUUCUCUCUUACAGAUUCAGAUGAGAGACCUUGAAGGCUGUCGCGAGACAAGAUACCAGCUUCUUCAGUUGCGUCCAACUCAGCGUGCUUCCUGGAUUGGAUAUGCCAUUGCCUACCAUUUGCUGAAAGAUUAUGAUAUGGCGCUGAAGCUACUAGAAGAAUUUAGACAAACCCAGCAAGUUCCUCCAAACAAAAUAGAUUAUGAAUAUAGUGAACUGAUACUAUAUCAGAAUCAAGUGAUGAGAGAGGCAGAUUUAUUUCAAGAAUCUUUGGAACAUAUAGAAACAUAUGAGAAGCAGAUAUGUGAUAAACUUUUGGUGGAAGAAAUUAAGGGGGAAAUGCUAUUGAAAUUGGGAAGAUUAAAAGAAGCCGGUGAAGUAUUCAAAAACUUAAUUGAUCGGAAUGCAGAAAAUUGGUGUUAUUAUGAAGGCUUGGAAAAGGCAUUGCAACUCCGCUCUUUAGAUGAGAGGCUUCAGAUUUAUGAAGAAAUUAGUAAGCAGCAUCCCAGAGCAGUUUCACCGAGAAGAUUGCCUUUGAAUUUUGUCCCAGGUAAAAAAUUUAGAGAACUCAUGGAUAAAUUCCUGAGACCAAACUUGAGCAAAGGAUGUCCACCCCUGUUCACUACUUUGAAAUCUUUGUAUUCUAAUGCAGAAAAGGUUUCAAUAAUCCAGGAACUUGUUACUAAUUAUGAAGCUUCUCUUAAAAUGACUGGCUUUUUUAGCCCUUAUGAGAAUGGGGAAAAGGAACCCCCGACAACUCUACUCUGGGUCCAGUAUUUCCUGGCACAGCACUUUGAUAAACUUGGACAGUAUUUGCUGGCUUUGGAGUAUAUUAAUACUGUGAUUGCUAGUACUCCAACUCUGAUAGAAUUAUUCUACAUAAAAGCAAAAAUUUACAAGCAUAUAGGUAAUCUUAAAGAAGCUGCAAAGUGGAUGGAUGAAGCACAGUCUUUGGACACAGCUGAUCGAUUCAUCAAUUCCAAAUGUGCAAAAUACAUGCUUCGAGCAAAUAUGAUAAAAGAAGCAGAGGAAAUGUGCUCCAAGUUCACAAGGGAAGGAACAUCUGCCAUGGAAAAUCUAAAUGAAAUGCAGUGUAUGUGGUUUGAGACAGAAUGCAUUUCGGCCUAUCAGCGCCUUGGGAGAUACGGGGAUGCCUUGAAAAAAUGCCAUGAAGUGGAAAGGCAUUUUUUUGAGAUAACCGAUGAUCAAUUUGACUUCCAUACAUACUGCAUGAGAAAGAUGACCCUUCGUGCUUAUGUUGACCUCUUGAGAUUAGAAGAUACUCUCAGAAGACACACCUUUUAUUUCAAGGCUGCUAGAUCAGCAAUUGAAAUAUAUUUGAGAUUACAUGAUAACCCUUUAACCAGUGAAAGCAAGCAACAAGACAUAAAUUCAGAAAUCCUGUCAGCCAAGGAACUGAAGAAAAUGCUUAGCAAGCAAAGAAGAGCCCAGAAAAAGGCUAAGUUAGAAGAAGAGAGAAAGCACAUAGAAAGGGAACGUCAACAGAAACAUCAAAAGAAAAAAAGAGAAGAAGAAGAAGAAACUGCCAGUGGUCAUAAGGAAGAACUUACACCUGAAAAGCUAGAGAGGGUUGACAAUCCAUUAGAAGAAGCCAUCAAGUUCCUCACUCCUCUGAAGACCCUUGCUGCUGAUAACAUUUAUACCCACCUGCUGGCAUUCGAAAUAUAUUAUAGAAAAGGAAAGUUUCUGCUAAUGUUGCAGUCUGUUAAACGAGCCUUUGCCAUCGACAGUAAUAAUGCAUGGUUACAUGAAUGCUUGAUUAAGUUUUCUAAAUCUGUAUCUGAUCAUAGUAAUCUUCCAGACAUUGUGAGCAAAGUUCUAGCUCAAGAAAUGAAGAAAAUAUUUGUCAACAGAGAUUUGUACAGCUUUAAUGAAGAUUUUCUCAAACACAAUGCUACCUCUCUUCAGCAUCUGCUUUCAGCUAUUAUGCCCCGACAGAAUCUUCCAGGCAGUACAAGAGUCAAAACAGUUGCAUUCCAUUUUUCAAGUGAAUUAUUAUAGGUAAAAAUAUGUUUUUAAUCUCUCUCACAUGAUCAAACAUUUUAUGUACUACAGAUAUAAAACAAAUUAUCCCAAGAACCCAUAUAUAUUCAUACCCAAGCAACUUGUUAUAGAUUAACCAUGUGGCAAGCAAGGUGUUUUUGUCAGGUCUCUUACUAGCAGGCUGCAUUUUACAGUUACAGAGAAAGGGCCAAUCACUUUAUUACUUAUCUUAAAAGGCAGUCUUAUAAGGAAUCUUAAAGGAAUCACAAACCUAAACUUUUAUAUAUGAAAAAGAAUCAGUCGACUCUACUUUAAAUCUUUAGGGUAUGUAUCCGUUCAUUAAUAGUUUUUAUGUCAGGAUAUUGAGGACUUAAAUGGAUAUAAGAAUUAAUCAUCACCUUUGGUCGUCAACCAAACCUAGCAAGGAGAGUACGUCAGCCAGCCCGUAAUAACUGGGCUGCUUUGUUCUUGUUCCCUGACCUUGAAAGAGUCCCGCAUUCAACUAUGUGCUGUUUUAAAACUUUAGAUUGUCUUCUUGGGUUUUUCACCUCAAAGUUAUUUAGCAAAAACAUCUUAGUCUAACUUUGGUGUUUUCAAAACUUUGUUUCAUCUGUGACGCACUCUAAGACUUAUGCACAUAUCUCCCAACAUUAAGGUUAAAAAAAUUUAAACUAACUGGGCUACUGAGACUCAACUGUUGGUCGUUAACUUGAGCUACAAUCCGUGCAGCUCCUAAGGUGAGACUCAGACCCUGGCUGUGAAACAUAUCCUUGUAUUUAUUUUUAUUCACCAAAGCACUAUAAGCUCUCAUAAUUAUGAAAUUAGACAGUACAGCCUAGAGAAGGGUCAGCCUAGAGAGGGGUCAUCUUGGCAGUUCACAGGUAAAAAUGCCCAAUGGGAUUUUUCUAAGAGAUAAACACACAAUAUUACAGACAGUGGAAAUCUCCCCACGUCCACUCACACCAUGCUAGAUAACAGAGAAAGAGAGCUGCAGCAAACAUGUAAAGGCACAGCAGAAACAAAAGACAUUCCAGGGUCUGCAGUCCCGUGGCCUUUCCUAAACAAAACUGGCCCAUCAGAGGAUUCCAUUCUGCUGGGCUGACUUUGGACCUUCAAUAGCAACUUACUGCUCCUCUGGCAUGGCCCACAACAAUAGGUGAAAGUAAUUUUUUAGAAGACCAGGAUGAUAGAGAAAUAGUUUUUAAAAUAUUCUAAGGGAAAGGAAAAUUUUACCAUAUAAAAAUAAAAGAUGGGGGCUGGAGAAAUGGAUCAGAGGUUAAGAGAAUUGACUGUUCUUCCUGAGUUCCAUCCCUAGCAACUAAGUGGAGGUUCAUAACCAUCUGUAAUGAUACCUUAUGCCCUCCCCUGGCAUGCAGGCCAGUGUGCACACAGAACACUGUAUACAUAAUAAAUAUGUCUUAAGAAAGAAAGGAAAGAUGAAUGGAGCAUUUAUCUAAUUAUACAAACUCAGGAGUCAAAACCUGAAUGAUCAGAGAAGUAAAGGAGAAGUGGCCAGAGACCUCUCCCCUUCCUCGAUCCAAAAGGGCUGAGAAUUUUUCUAAUCCUCACCCUACUACCUCCUGUGUCUCUAUAUAUUCUCAGUCCUCCAAAGCCUCUAUGGCUAAUUUUGGUCAGCUAGUAGCUAGCUCCAGUCUCUAAUUUGAAGUAACUUUAUUGGCAGUCUUGGGAGUGUCAAGAGUACAAAUAAAAUAGGCCAAAGAAAAAGAAAAGCACCUUAAAAAAAAAAGUUAAGAUACCAACUAAGUUAUAUGUAUAGAGUUUUCAACAAAGAAAAAUAAUGUACAUUAAUAAGAAUACAGUAGGAACAUGAACAUAUGCCAUAUCAUUUUCAGGACACAUAUGAACUGUGUUUUGUUUUACUUUAAAUAUCUUUCAUAAAUUACUUUCUUUGUGGAAAUAUCUUUCUUUGACUGUAUUUCUUUGUGGCAGUAAUUUAUUCUUUAGAUGCUUUAGUUUAAGGUGCUAUGCGUUGUAAAAGUGGUUUCACAAAAACAAAACAAAAAAGUGGUUUUGGCUGAAGUUGAUUGUAUAGGGUUACCCUGUACAUUUAUAUUUUUGAAUCACAUUGUUCCUAAGUAUAGAAGUUGUCAAAUUUGCCUUAUUUCAGUAAGUGUUUGAUAACUGUCUAAGGGGAAAGCUUUAAUGUUCAUUUUAAAUUUUAUUUUUAAAGUUUUAUGUGUAUGUGUUGGUGCGCAGCAUGUGUGUAGUACCUGUGGAGGCCAGAAGAGGGUGUCAGCUUGCCUGGAACUGGAGUUAGAGAUAGUUGUGAGCGGCUGUGUGUGUGCUGGGAACUAACCCUGGGCUCUCUGUAAGAGCAGCAAGUGCUCUUCACUGCUCCUCUAACAGCUUUGUCUCGGUAGCUCAUGCUCUCACUGUAGCCCAAAGCUUCAGUGGGAUGUUACUGAACAGGAGGAAAUUAGGAGCACAUGUCAUAGUUGGCUACCCAGAGCUGGUGAAUGCCAGCUCUAGCCUGCCACUAGAUGAUUAAGCACUGUAAGCCACGUCUGACUGACCAGUAGAAACUAGAUGAACGUAAGCCUUAAGUUACUCAUCUUGAAAUGUCUUGGAAUUUCAGGUGCUAAAAUGAUGUAUUUUCUGGACAAGUCAAGGCAAGAGAAAGCAAUUGCUAUAGCCACUAGGUUGGAUGACACUAUAAAAGAUAAAAAUGUUAAGGUAAGACUCUUCACAGGCUGAUUGAUAGGUCUUGCAACAUCUUACGAGAAGUGCAUCUCUACAAGAGUUCUAACUCAGCUAACAUGCUCAGCCUGGAUGCAAAUCUCAGCCCCUCCUGUUACUAACUGUGUGACUUCAGGCAAGUUAGGUUUCUUUUCUCAUUUCAAAAAUAGAUGUGCAAGUGAUACCUGUUGCAUAAUAGAGUUAAACUUAACUGAAAUAGCAAAACAUGAAGUCCUUCCUCCUGGCUCAUACAUACAGCCACUUAGUAAUGUGAGCUGUUGCCAGUACAGGACACUCUUCCUGAUAUGAUGGUGUGUGCCUGUAAUUCUGCGACGCAGAGUGGAAGCAGGAGCAUCAGAAGUUCAGAGCUAGCACUGGCUACACACUCAGUGUGAUGCUAAGAUGCCCCAGUAAAACAAAAACUAGAAUUAUCUUUUUAAGGCUUUUGAGUGUUUCCCACCUCGUAAUUUUUUUUGGGGGGUAGGCACUGCUUGUUUAUUGGGAAGGAGAGUGCCAUGCCAAGAAUGUGGGGGUCAGAGGACAACUUUUGGGAUCUGAUUCUCUACUUUCCCAUAUGGAUCCUAAGAUUGAACUUGAAUUGUCAGGCUUGGCAACAAGUGCGUUUGUCUGCUGAGGCAUCUCGCCAUUCCCUUUCCCCCUUUUGAGACAAGAUCUUGCUAUGCAGUUAAUGUAGGACUUGGAGUUAGAAUCCUACUUCAGCCUCCUGGGCUGUGAUUGGAGAGGCCUGUGCCAUCGCAACCAUCUCCAAGUUGGCGUUUAAUGUUCUUUAUUUGCAGUGAUUGCUUACUGUAGAUAAGAAGGGACUGGAGUCUUUUUUGGGGUGAGGAAUAGGUUGUGUCUGUUGAUUAAAAUCAUUAGCAAGCUGCUUGUGUCUUUGUGCAAUUGAUGUGUCCUCCUGUGUCAUUAGACUCUUACAAAGGUUUCUGAGGCCCUGCUGGACGGCAGCUUUGGGAGCUGUAGUUCCCAGUAUGAAGAGUACAGGAAGGCCUGCCAUAACCUGCUUCCGCUUACAUCUGCCUUCCUGCCUGCUGCCACUGAAGCCACACUACA